UGGCCAGCGUUGAGGACUAGCUAAAGACAGAGAACUUCACAUGCAUCUGAAGAAGCAGAUAAAUAAAGAUAUAAAGGGGCCUGUGAGUUGGGUGUUAUCCCCAACACCCACUGUCGCAUGUGGUUUUACUCUGUGCUUCUCUUCUACAUGUUUGGUCCUAAGAAAACACGAGCUGUGAAGCCACAGAAGGCAUCGUAAUUAAUCAGGAGUGAGUCCACGGGCACGGGCUUUAAACUGGCUGAUGGGGGAAGGAGCGGCUGAACACCCCUCGCCCCAGAAGACGGGGUCUGGAGACCGAAGUCCUUGGCCUCCUGAGGAGGCUGGCUAUGUAGACGGCGGUCACAGGAGGGUCCUAGGACUCAGAUGGUACUAUAGUCAAACUUCUUCGGUAGUUUAGCAGGUGCAUGGCCUUGGGCAAAUCACUUAAUCUCCAGUAGUCUCGCUUUGCCCAUCUGUAUAAUGGGAACACAAAGGCCCGCCCUCUGGAACGGGGAUGCAUCUUCCAAACCUUGGUGAGGCACACUGCAUUGCGCUCUUAGAACACAACGAAUGGCAGCUUUUUGAUGCUACAGACCCUCCUCUGUCCCUGUGAAAGGUGAUAAGCCGAUGCUCUGUCCCGAGGCUCUGGCCUCCUGAGGUGUAUCUGUGUCAAGAGAGGCCAGGCAGAGGAAAACAAGUGCACAUUCUCGCUGGAAUGAAGAGGAGAAAGCUGAGAGUGACGGACAGAACAAGGCACCCCUGAGAAACCGGAUCCUGGAGGUCGGAGGGCUGAAAGAGAGGCGCGGCUGGGGAUGAAUGGACGGUCAGCAAGAGGGCAGAGGGCCAGCCAGCGUGUCUGCCCCGGUUCCCUGGGAGUCGGCUGGCUCACUCUUUAAACCAGUGUGGGGAAAAACUGACCCAACUCUGGUUACGACAAAACAAUUUCUUAAGUGGAUCUUUUCACCUCCCACACAAUGUGAGUGGUAUAAUAAUAAAUAUAGUGUUCCGGGGUUUUCAAGGCUAUUGUAAGGCACCCACUGUGUGAGGUGCACUUAAGCUGCACGCUUUCCACACAUGGUAUCUUUUUUAUUCUUCCCAGCAAUGCAUUCAUUCACUCAUUCAUUUAUCUGCCCAUCCAUUCACUCAUUAUCCAUCCAUCCAUUCAUUCACCCACCCAUUCAUUCAUUAUCCAUCCAUCCACUCAUCCAUCCACCCAUCAAUCCAACCUACAAACCCUUCCUGCCACCCACUUUCUACGAGGCACCGUGCUGGGUACUCAGGUGAACACGAAACGGUACAAUGAAUAAAACACCCGACCCUGUGAGAGGUGCGCUCAUAUCGAUUUGCAAGGGAGAAAACAAAAAACUGGGCAGCUUAAGUGAAUGCUGCCCAGACUCUCCACACUACGUUAGUGGAGGAGCCGAGAUGCCUGACUACGAGCGUUCUGACUCAGGAGAACACACACCAGAAAAUUUCCUUGAUGAUCUCAGAGGCGGAAAUAUGAGGAAGUUGUUGACUGGCUACCGGGCUGGAGAGACUGACUGUACUCACUCAUAUUUAGCAUGGUUGGAAUUUCCAAAGAGGCAGACAGAACCAAGUGUCUCAUCCGAAGGGCGACCGAGAAAGAACAACUAUCGGCAAAGUCCACGGCGUGGACCCUUUGGAGACAACGUAAUUAGGAUGAAAAGGGAAAAGAGGAUGCAAAGAGGAACAGAGAUACAGCGGCGAGAGAUUCUUCCAUAGUGGAAAGUCAGGGGAAGCCCAGGUGCUGCCCGCGCCCACGGCCGGAGGAGGUGUGAGCUCCAAGCCAGCGAGGCCGUGUCCCCAAGCCCAGGACUUGGCAGUGGGCUGAGCGCCAUGGAGAAAGUGAAGAACUUCUUCAGUGACAUCUGGGACCUGCUCAUGAGCAAACACCAGGAGGGCGUCUUCAACACCGUCUGCCUGAGCGUCAUCCUGGCGCUACCGCUGCUGGUGGCCCUCACCCUGCUGUUUGUCUGCUGCCACUGCUGCUGGAACCGGGUGGGCAAGCGGGGCCAGCAGCCGGAGGAAAACAAGGCGGGGAGGAAGAAGAGGAAGAAGAAGAAGGGGGAAGAAGACCUCUGGAUCUCCGCACAGCCCAAGCUCCUGCAGAUGGACAAGAGGCUGUCGCUACCCGUCUAGGGAAGCAGAGGUGUGUCCGCGGGUGGGGGCUCAGGCGGGGAGCAGCGACCCCUGAUGGGCCACACAUUCACAGAGGAACUGCUUGAACAAGGAACAAACCUCGAAUGGAGGGUGCGCUCCGGGAAGGGGACCCCGGGGGGGGGGGCACACAGACAGUUCUGGGGCGCUGUCUUGGCAGCGCUGUGCCCCAUAGCAAUGCUCAUGGCUGCAGACCCCCCUGUGCCUCCCGCCGACUUCCGGCACCGUCCCUGUGCAAAAGCACAAUGAACAUGCACCCGUGCCUGUUGACACGUCUCCUGAUGCACGCACACACACACACCGUGCACACCACACUCACCGUGUGCUGUCUGCUCUCACAGAAACAGCUCGUGGGAGGAGGGCCUGGCCAGAUUCGGACACGCGUGCUCGGUCCCAGAACCAGGCGAGGCUGCCCGCCCCUGUCCGUUCCACAUUCCACUCAGGGUAGAGAUGUGUGCUUCCCUCCUGCUAUCCCUGCAACACCUCUGGCUGGAAAUCCUCCUCUUUGGACAUUUCGGCAGCCCGGUGCAGUCCCCCUUCCCGGUGUAUUGAGACAGACCCGCCCACCAAGGCCCCCUGCUCCUGCCCGUCCCUGGGAGGAAAGGUUAAGGUGGGAGAGCUCAGAAUUCAUGGAAAGCUGUUGUCUCAACCCCAACAGGGUCCACGCUGCCACUGGUAGGUGUCCCAGCAGCCCAAGCCCCCUCUUCUCUUUGAGACGCUGCCCCCAGAACCGCUGGGUAGGGUGCCGUCCUCCACGCAAAAACACACAGUCUCUGGGUGGGGACUCCCAGAAAGCCAGGGGAACUUGAAGCCAAGCUACUCCGUUCCCUUCGCUGGGCUGCCUGGGGUACCUGGGCCGGGAAGCCAGUCCUACACCUGGAACCCUACACCUGGUGGCUCCCACGGAACCCCGGAUGUGUGGCGAGCAGGGGUUCAGACGAUUGCUGGUGCAGCCUCAGUGGAAACGACUUCCUAGGGCUGUCCCUGGGGUGCUGUGCAUUGCAGGCAGACGCAGAGGACGCAGUUUAUGUGACAGCAGGUUGAAGCUAUACAGAGGCUUAACAAUAUUUAUCCGGGCAAACACCUGGCACACAGCGGGGACUCCUCACUGCCUGCGAUGCUGCGGGUUAUGUGACGAUGUGAAGGGUAAGCGUGCGAUGCCUUGCCUGUGCCCCCAAGCGACCUCCUGAGUGAGCCCACGCGUGGCUGCAUCGGGUGGAGGCUGGGUGCUGAACUCUGCAGGGAGCGUGGGUAGAGCCGAGGGGUGGGGGACACGUGCGCCCUGAAACCCGUGAGGAUGUGCAAACCAGGUCCUCAGUGGGGUGGGGGAGUGUCUCCCUGUGGGCAGAAGGCCAAGGGCCAAGUCAAUCCACUCGGAGGGCGAGCUGGUCAUCCCAGGGAUGGGCAGUUCCCAACUCCGGAGCGGGCUGUGCUGUCCAAGUUCACGGGCAGACCAGCUGGGUGGCUCUCCCAAAAAGCUUCCCCAUGGAAGCUGCACUAAUGGUGAGGGAACUGAAUCAAAGAUGCAGCUUAACUAUGGUACUUACAGGAGCAAAAUCCAACCCUAGAAGGCAGUGCAGAGGGGAAGGCACCCUGUUCACUCGCCUGGGCUGUGUGGGCUGGGCCCCGGGUGGGGAUGGCUGAGGGACCCCGGGGGGCAGAGUCAGGCCUGUGUACACUGUGGGACCAGCGGAGCUCACCCUGUCACCCUAAGUGGCUCCAAGUGUCCUGGGCACCGGACCCCUCGCUCCUAAACCUGUCUGACCAGAGAAAGCUCUGCCCCAUGGUCACAUGGAAAGCUUGUCCCGGAGCAUCUGACCAUCCCCUCAACAGCACAAGACGACCAGGAGUCUCCCCACACCUGCCGCUGACCACAGACAGGGUGCCUUUCCUAUCUCUGCCUCUCAGGCCCCCCAAGAUGAGCGACUUGGGGAGAUGUGGGGACUGGAGGCUGAGACUGGUGUCAGAUGUGACCCAGGGGAGCAGAGCACCAGGAACAGGUUGCCAUGGCAACGGGCUGCUCAUCUGAAUUAAGAGCGGUCACUGUCACUGCAGUGACAAGGCCUCCGCCUGCAGGGGCGGCACCCACGGUCCCAAAUGGACCCACCUCAGCUCUGGCCGUGAAACCCGAGACACGUCUUGGCCACUUCCACAGCCCAGGACCCGGCACCCCAACCCCGAGUGGCCUCCCCCGCACCCCUCCCUGGAGCCCCUAGAACAGCACCCAGGGCAGGAGGGGCCUCACGGUCCUGCUGAGUAAAGACACUGGUGCGUGACAGGAUCCCGGGGCAGCCACCCGUCCCUUCCCCCUCCGCCCCCCUCCCCCCAUCUCCACUUUCACCCCUUUCCUUCCCAGCCUCUGUCCCAGGUCUGCUGCCGGGAACGGGGGGGCCUCGGUGGGAGCCAGCUUGGCCCAUCGUGGGGGGCUCAGCUAAUGAAGGACAAUGAGGACAGUGAAGGAGAGGCUCCCCAGCCCGGCACAGGCUUGGGGCACAGCCCCCGGGGGGCCACACAGCAUCCACUGGGCUGGGCCCACAGCCAGCGGCGGUCUCCCCGGCUGCUCGGUGGAUUCGCUUCUGUGUUUCUCACGGGGGAGGGGGACCAAGGGAAAGGUCGUGGCCUUUCCAAGAAGAAUGUAAAUGACCCACAUUGUACAGUAUUUGUAUUUGUUUUCUGGAAAAUUCAAACACAUCAACAGAAACCUUAUUUAAGUAAAACACUGAAAAUAAAAGCCAC